GCUCUCAUUAAUUUUCAAUUUUUUUUUUUGGUUGUUCAAUAUUUAUAUUGAGGCUGAACUAAUUUAAUUUCGUGCCAAAAAAAAUCCAUAAAACCUCUUUAUCAAAACAUAUUCCAUACUCGACAUUCAAAUUUGAGCACCUAUUCUUAACUUCAAUACAUAGCAAACACUUCCACUAGUUCUCAGUAUUUUUUUUUUUUUUUUUGCGAUUGUUUAGUUUUUAUUUUAAAACUCGACUAAUUUAACUCCGUGCAAAAUCAAUUAUUUACUUUUGUAUUAAAGCUCGACUAAUUUAACUUUGUGCGAAAAAAAUCUAUCAGAACACACAAAAAUGAAAAAUGCAUCGCUAACUUUGCAACCUUUGUUGUUAUCAGUCCCCAGUUUCUUACUCCCUCAGUUUUGAAAAAACCAAAAAGCCUUGGAUUCUCUAUUUUUUCUUCACCCAUUGCACCGCCCUAGGGCAUUUCCUCAAUGGCGAUUCAUUUUCCGGCAAUUGUAUUACUGGCGGCGGCGGCGGCGGCUUUGAUGUUCUCAGUUGAGGUGGCCGCCGGUCAUACAUUUUCGUCGAGGUUGAUUCACCGGUACUCAGAUGAAGCGGUGUCGUUUUGGGCGUCUAAAGGGAAGAGCAUGACGUCCUGGCCGAAACGGGAGAGUGUGGAGCAUAUGAGGUUAUUACUUAGUAAUGAUUUGAAGCGACAGAAAUUGAAGCUUGGUUCGCAGAAACAGAUGUUGUUUCCUUCUCAAGGAAGUGAAACUCAUUUCUAUGGCAAUGACUUGAGUUGGCUGCAUUAUGCGUGGAUUGACAUAGGGACACCAAAUACAUCAUUUCUGGUUGCAUUGGAUGCCGGAAGCGAUCUCCUGUGGGUCCCUUGUAAUUGUGUACAAUGCGCUCCAUUGUCUUCAAGCUACUACUCAAUGUUGGAUAAAGAUCUGAAUGAGUAUAGCCCAGCACGAUCAAGCACUAGCAAGCAUCUAUCUUGCAACCAUCAAUUAUGUGAACUGGGUCCUAACUGUCAGAGCCCAAAGGAACGUUGCCCUUACACUGUCAACUACUUUUCUGAAAAUACAUCAAGUUCGGGUUUUCUUUUUGAGGACCAACUGCAUUUGACUUCAGUUGGUGGACAUGAACAUCAAGGUGCUGUGCGAGCUCCUGUUGUUAUAGGUUGUGGUAGCAAACAAAGUGGUACUUAUCUGGAUGGAGCUGCUCCAGAUGGGGUGAUGGGAUUAGGGCCAGGAGAAAUUUCUGUUCCAAGUUCGCUGGCGAAGUCCGGAUUUGUUUCACGUUCGUUCUCACUUUGUUUUGGGAAGAGCAAUUCUGGCACAAUAUUCUUUGGUGAUCAAGGGCCUGAAAAUCAAAGACAAAGUUCAUUUGUAUCUUUAGAUGGGAAGUACAAUACCUAUGUUGUUGAAGUUCAACAUUAUUGUGUUGGGGGUACCUGUCCAAAGCAAAGUGGAUAUCAAGCCUUAGUUGAUAGUGGGUCUUCCUUCACUUUUCUCCCUUCUGAAAUCUUUACAAAAGUAGUAACAGAGUUUGAUGAGCAAAUGAAUGCUACAAGGUUCUCUAUAGAAGAUUUUUCUUACUGCUAUAAGGCUAGUUCACGAGGUUUACCAAGCAUUCCUAACAUGAAACUUGUGUUAGCUGCUAAUCAGAGCUUUGUAAUUCAGAACCCCAUGUUUACUAUCUCCAAUGGUUUGGGUGAUAACUUCUAUUGUGCAGGUAUCCAACCUAUUCCAGGAAUGAUUGGUAUUAUUGGACAAAACUUUUUGGAGGGAUAUCGGAUGGUGUUUGAUUGGGAAAAUAUGAAGUUGGGUUGGUCUCGCUCCAAGUGUCAAGACAUAGGCGGGAGUGCAAAGUUACCACUAACACCAACACCACCUCCGAGUGGUUUGACAUCAAAUCCGUUGCCAACAACUGAACAACAAAGAAGCCCGCAUGGACAUGCAGUUGCACCGGCCAUUGCUGGUAAAGCUACCCCUAAACCAUCUGCAGCAUCACCAGAUGCAGUUUCACGGCAUUGCGCUAUGAGUUCUCUUCUACUUUCAUUGGUUUUAUGCUUGUGCCUUAUCUGAUAUUACAUUUGUAAUUAUGUACGUUUAUGUAAAUUCUCAUUUCUUCAAUCAGAUCCUUUUCUCACAAAUGAUGUACUCUGCUAGUCAAUUAAUUUCAUUGGUUUUGUUUCUUUCCUCA